GCCCCAGGUUCAUCACUUGAUGCAUCAUGCCUUAAGAGCCAAGGCCUUCAUCUUAAAUGGAAAUAUCAGGUUUUCCGGCGGCCUAGGGGAUCCCAAAAUUCUCCCAUGGAGGGUCGUACUUAUAGUGGCCUUCCAUAUGUGUUGAUUCCCGUCCUUCCUCACUCUUCAGUCUCUCUCGCUCUGGUAUCUGUAUCUUUCUGUAUAAGUACGACAUGGCCGACCCAUCCGCUUCUGCUCCGACACCUUCAAUAUCCGAGUUGAUGGGCGGUAUGGUCAUGACCAUAUGCAUCUCUUUAAUCUUUUACGGCGUGACCACGGCUCAGGCCUAUGUGUACUAUCUUAACAGCAAGAGGGAUUCACCCUGGAUAAAAACUCUAGUUGCAUCGGUCUGGAUUUUUGAAACCAUUCAUACAGCUGUUGUUCUACGAUUUUUGUAUUAUAUGGUCAUCAUAAGCUUCGGAAAUCCUCAAUCUCUAGCAUUGAUCGACUGGAGCUUGGGUGUUAUGUGUGUCUCUGAAGUCCUCAUUCUUGCACUGGUAGAAGGAUUCUAUAUCUAUCGAAUCUGGAUUUUGAGCAAACGUUUGAUCAUCCUCACGGUUCCUCUCGUAGUCUUGCUCAUUGCUCGACUAGGUUUUACUCUGAGCACCGCUGUCUACGGACUUCUGGCAAGAUCCUGGGAUGCAUUUCAACAUACCUUCAGUUCAUCUUUCUCUGUUCUCAUGGCGUGCAGCUUUUCGGCGGUCGUGGAUGGACUGAUCGCAAUCUGCAUGAUGAUACUGCUCCGACAUAAGCAAACGGGAUUCAAUAGUAGGACGGACAAUGUUCUUCGAUGGAUCAUGGCUUAUUCUGUCAAUACCGGCGCCAUCAGCAUGGUUGUAUCUAUUGUUAUUGCGAUCACAUACUCGACAAUGCAAGACAGUCUCCUAUUUGUUGGCUUGGUCAUAUUGACAGGAAAACUCUAUGCAAAUUCAUUGCUGGGCAUGCUUUCUUUGAAGGCUUAAUGCGAGAGCUCUGAUGCGACAGAAAGCAAAUAAAACUGAUUCUGGUCUUGUCGAAUUACCGACAUUCAACAACCGAACUACUAGCAUAUGCUCUCACCCGACUGAGACGUUUCAGCAGAAGACACAGGAGGGUGCCGACGAGAUCAUAAAAUCUAACACAUCCGGCGAUGAGGACCAAGACUCUGUGGACAUCCUUUCGACUGGUAAAGCUGUUGAAUCCCGAGGCGUCCAUGUCAGGAUCGAGGUUCAGCAUGGCGAUGUGUGAGGUUUCAAGGAGUUUCGUCUGUACGAAUAUAGAUAUGCUUGAUUUAUGGGUCAAUCACAUUCGCUUUUUCAGAUAGGAUUCGAAUCAAUGGAUUCUCUUGAAUUGCUGGUCGCAAAAUACGAAUGACAAGACAGGCAUGGGAAAAAGAAUUGUUUUUCCAAUCGUAUUAUUGGGUGGGCCGGGCGUGCACGUCGCUAGACACGUUGUCUCUCUCGCCUUAGUCUUGGGUACGCAGACCAAUAUUGUGACGGAUCUGCUGAGGAAGGGAGGGAUGAGCGGUAUACUCUCGCCUUGUGCUUUAGUUCAUGCAUUAACUACAAGGCGCAGCCUGAUCUUGCCGCAUCAUUACGACUUUGAGCACCCUGGGUGUUGCUUGAAGAACCUAAAUUGAGUGCGUCCUUCGUUCAAGUU